AUGAAGUGGCUGCUCCUUGCGUUUGUCUGCAUUCAACUCUCUGAAUGUCUUAUCAGAAUAAAAAUUCACAAGGGUAAAUCCGUUCGUGACAUUCUGACUGAGCGUGGAUUACUUGAAGACUUUCUGAAAAAGCAUCCAUACGAUCUCUCGACGAAGUAUGGGAGAUCAGCCCAGCAAGGUUCAUUUGUUGCAGAUGAGCCCCUAAUCAACUAUCUCGAUCUGUGCUACUAUGGAACAAUCAGCAUUGGCAAUCCACCACAGAGUUUCACCGUCAUCUUCGACACUGGCUCAUCCAACCUCUGGGUCCCCUCAGAUUACUGCUCCAGUCAAGCCUGCAGUAAUCAUGCUAGGUUUAAUCCAUCUGCAUCCUCAACCUUCCAAAUGUCAAACAAGUACGUUUCCAUCCAGUAUGGGACCGGUAGUAUGACUGGAGUCCUCGGAUAUGAUACCGUCCGGGUCUCCUCCAUUGACAUCACUCACCAGGAGUUUGGUCUAAGUAUGAGUGAACCUGGCAGCUUCCUCUACUAUGCCAAAUUUGAUGGGAUUUUGGGCUUAGCCUAUCCAAACAUCGCCUCAUCUGGAGCCACAACAGUCUUUGACAACAUGAUGGCCGAACAUCUGGUGGAGAAACCCAUGUUUGCCUUUUAUUUGACCAGACAAAAUGGUGCUGAAGGGAGUGAAGUUGUCUUUGGCGGAGUUGACCCCAACCACUACACUGGAGAAAUUCAAUGGGUUCCCGUCACGAGAGAAGGAUACUGGCAAAUCCAGGUGGAAAGUGUGAAGAUCAAUGGACAGGUUGUGGCUUGCAGCAGCGGCUGCCAAGCUAUCGUAGACACCGGUACCUCUUUGAUCGUCGGCCCUACCAACGGCAUCAACACUAUUCAACGUCUUAUUGGAGCAAGUCAACAAUAUGGUUCCAUGGCUAUGGUGGAUUGCCGUAAUCUGCCCAAUAUGCCCUACGUGACCUUCACCAUCAAUGGAAUUGACUACCCACUUCCUCCUACUGCCUAUGUGCUCCAGAACAACUACAAUGGACAGGAAUCUUGUACAAGUGGGUUUAACAGUAUGUCUCUUUCAAAUGAAAUGGAACUCUGGAUUUUGGGAGACGUCUUCAUUGGAGAAUACUAUUCCAUCUUUGACCGAGGAACCAACAGAGUGGGCUUAGCCAAGGCUGCUUAA